AUAGGAAAACCGACAAUAUUAGGACGUGUUGUUUUUAACUUUUUAAAAUCUUUAUUCUCCACAAUAAUAAUUGUGUUAUGUAUAAAUGUAUAAAAAGUUUUGCUUAGACAAAGAUAUCCACUAUAAAUUAUAACCAAGUUUUUAUUGAAUCUUUUUCGUUAAUCUAUAUAUAUAAAAGGCUUCAAAAUUGCAUCCAAAAUGCAAAACGUUAACGCUCCACGGGAGCCUGCUCCCGUGUUGAGCACAAGUUCAACUAUUCUCAAUAUGAGAGAAAAAGAGAAAUAUAUUGAAGAAUUUGACUUUCCAUUCUGUGAUGAGUCUUCUAAGUAUGAAAAAGUUGCCAAGAUCGGUCAAGGAACCUUCGGAGAAGUGUUCAAAGCGCGAGCUAGAAACAGUAGUAAAAAAUUUGUUGCAAUGAAAAAGGUUUUAAUGGAUAACGAAAAAGAAGGUUUUCCCAUCACAGCACUGCGAGAAAUUAAGAUAUUACAGCUUCUAAAACACGAAAAUGUCGUAAAUCUUAUUGAAAUAUGCAGAACUAAGGCUACAUUACACAAUAAAUAUAGGUCAACAUUCUACUUAGUUUUCGACUUCUGUGAACACGAUUUGGCAGGUUUAUUGUCGAAUGUAAACGUAAAAUUUAGUUUAGGUGAGAUCAAGAAAGUUAUGCAGCAAUUAUUGAAUGGGUUAUAUUACAUUCAUAGCAAUAAAAUAUUGCAUCGAGAUAUGAAAGCUGCAAAUGUACUUAUUACUAAGAAUGGAAUAUUGAAACUUGCUGAUUUUGGUUUGGCAAGAGCAUUUAGUGUUGCUAAGUCAGGACAAGCCAAUAAAUACACUAACAGGGUGGUCACAUUAUGGUAUCGCCCCCCAGAAUUGUUAUUAGGUGAUCGUAAUUAUGGACCACCAGUAGAUAUGUGGGGAGCUGGCUGCAUUAUGGCCGAGAUGUGGACCAGGUCUCCAAUUAUGCAGGGUCCCACAGAGCAGCAACAAUUAAUACUAAUAUCCCAGCUCUGUGGGUCAUGUACUCCAGAUGUAUGGCCAGGAGUUGAAAGUUUAGACCUAUACAAUAAGAUGGAGUUGCCAAAGGGACAAAAGAGGAAGGUUAAGGAAAGACUAAAGCCAUAUGUCAAAGACCCGUAUGGUUGUGAUUUACUUGACAAGCUGCUGCAACUAGACCCAGCGAAGAGAUAUGACGCAGACACAGCACUCAACCAUGACUUCUUUUGGACUGACCCGAUGCCCUGUGACUUGGCUAACAUGUUGGCCCAACAUACGCAGAGCAUGUUUGAGUACCUGGCGCCACCACGUCGCCCAGGUCAUCUCCGACAUCACCAUCAUGUGGCUGGAGCUCAGGCCAAGCCCAACCCACCACCUCAAGACUCGGGAUACCAGGAUAGAGUGUUUUAGUGAUUUUGACUUUGGUGGGUGUGAAGUGCAAUUGUGUGUUGGGGCACGGCUCCCAUAUUGACAAAUAUAUCCUAUGAUAUAAAUGGUAAGACAUUGAACAGUGAUUUAAGAUUACUAUAUGAAUUAAUGAAUUAUAAUACAAGUUGGUUUCUAAAUCUUCAUGGUUGUGCUUUAUAAUUCUUUUUAUUUAAAACACAUUUUUUUUUUAAAAGCAUUUAACAUCCAUAACAUUGAUACAGGGAUUUCAAUAAUAAAUUCUAUGUUGUAACUUAAGCUAUUUGGAAAAACUUGAUUAACUUGUGAGAUUAUCAUUUUAAUGCGGACAAAAUCUUUUUUCUACCUAACCACAUACA